CCGCUUGCAAAUAUGUCGGCAGCCGCGCGCAGACGUGCUGGCGUGAAAGGAGAAACUCCCACCGCAGGCAGAACAGCCACAGUAGCAGCAGCACUUCCAGCUCGCGGAGAUGAGGAGCCGGGCAUGGCGGCGACCCCGAGCCUCACUGUCUGCCUCAAGCUGCUGGCGGCUGCGUUCUAUGGCUUUAGCUCUUUCUUUAUCGUGGUGGUGAACAAGAGCGUGCUGACUAGCUAUGGAUUUCCUUCCUCGCUGUGUGUGGGACUGGGUCAGAUGUUGGCUACAGUAGUUGUCCUCUGGGUGGGAAAGGCACUCAGGGUGGUGAAGUUUCCAGACUUUGACCGAAAUAUACCUCGAAAGACAUUUCCUCUACCUCUUCUCUAUUUUGGAAACCAAAUCACAGGACUGUUCAGCACAAAGAAACUUAACUUACCAAUGUUUACAGUCCUGAGACGGUUUUCCAUUCUGUUUACAAUGUUUGCAGAAGGAAUCUUACUCAAGAAAAAAUUUUCUUGGGGAAUUCAGAUGACAGUAUUCGCAAUGAUAAUUGGUGCGUUUGUAGCAGCAAGUUCUGAUUUGGCAUUUGACCUAGAAGGUUAUGUUUUCAUUUUGAUCAAUGAUGUCUUGACGGCUGCAAAUGGUGCAUAUGUAAAACAGAAAUUAGAUUCAAAGGAACUUGGAAAAUAUGGUCUUCUCUAUUACAAUGCACUGUUCAUGAUUCUUCCUACUUUGGCCAUUGCAUAUUUUACAGGAGAUGUACAAAAGACAGUGGAAUAUAAAGGCUGGGCAGACACCCUCUUCCUUAUACAGUUUACACUUUCAUGUGUAAUGGGGUUUAUUCUGAUGUAUUCAACAGUACUUUGCACUCAGUAUAACUCUGCCCUUACAACUACAAUUGUUGGUUGCAUUAAGAAUAUAUUAAUAACCUACAUAGGAAUGUUCUUUGGAGGAGAUUAUAUUUUCACAUGGACAAACUUUGUAGGAUUAAAUAUCAGUAUCGCUGGAAGUCUGGUCUAUUCUUACAUCACCUUUACAGAAGAUCAAAUGAAUAAGCAAUCUGAAGCUAGCAUCAAGAUGGACAGUAAAGGAAAAAGUUCUGUAUGACAAAAUGUUUAUUUACCAGUAGUGACUUUUGUUAUGCAGCCAAGAUUGCUGACAGAUCAGUAGAAUAUGCAGUAUCUGUGAAUGGAGCUAUAUGAAUCCUUUGCAUUUGCACAAUCUGAAGGGUGUUGCCUUUUAAAAAGAUUAGAUAUUUAUAACUGACUGCAUAAAAAUGCACAUUGGUUAAAUACAGGCUUCAAAGAAUACUACUUUCAAAAUUACUUUGCAUCAUCCAUGCAAACAGACUUCUAAUGCUACAGUAUUAAUAAUUUUGAACAUAGCAAGAACAUUGCUAAGCUAGAAUUGGGCCCAGUAAGAAAAUUUGUCCUAAAUAUUUCAGAAUUAACUGAGAACUUGACAAACAUUCAUGACUUUCACUUGCCAAAAAGCCCAGUUUUAACUGCAUUUUCCCUAAAUGUUGCUCAAACUGGUAUUGGUGAGCUAUAGUGCAGGAUAAGCUUGUGUUCCAUUUCUCAUUGCGCUGUGUGAGUGUGUGUGUGAGAGAAAGAGGCAGAUGGAUAGUCAGUGUAUUCUAGAUAAAGCCAUUCCACCAACUACCUUUUUUGUAACUAUAGUCACCCAAGAUGCAAUCCUGAUGGAAUUGGGGCUUGUCUGUGUUCCAUGGAUAUGUAUAGUUUAUCUGUAUGCAUUUAAGUACUUGAGUGCCAUUACCUUCAGUGGUAGUUAGGUGUGUACCUUCUCAGAAGUUGUGGCCUUAUGACUUCAGAGAGCAUUAAGUGGCUAUCCCAGACAAGGAGCUUGCAAGCAUACAUGUAUUUUCAAGAUGAAUAAGUAUUGGAGUAGUUGAAGAAUGUGAAAUGCAAAAUACAGUCCUGCUAAAUGCAAAAUACAGAAAUGCAAAAUACAGAUCUAUGUCCUGCUUACACUUGACAGGACUGUACUCUGUCAGGAAAAAAGUAUAGUCUCAUUGGUGUCUCUCUUGACUUCACCAGAUAAAUGAACCUUCUCUCCAUGAACAAUAUUCGAUGUAGGACCUAUGUGCUAACUGCUUGAGAAGCACAUGUUAGUAUUCUCUGUGCACAGUAUUACAGUAAACUUUGCAAAUCCGAGCUUAACAUUUGAUCUAAGAUGCUAUACUGGGCUAGGGGAUGUGGAAUCAUUCACUAGAUUACCAGAAACAAAGCAAAAAAAAAAAAAAACCACUCUCACUGCCUUCUCUAAGUCAUCUGCUUCCCAUUUUCAUAUGCUCAUGACAACCGCAAAUUAUCAACCAAUUAGGAAAAUAUAGAAAGAGCAAAAGGGAGAGCAUGGUUAAUAAAAGGAAAGAGAAGCUAUUCUAAAAUAAAAUCAAGGGCUUCUGCCAUUGGAGGUUUUACUACUUGAAAAUCACUACUACUGUACAGUGCUCUAAUAAGAUUUCCACCUGUUGAUCAUAGGGUGAGAGUUCCAGUACUGUCAGUGUUGCUCCUUAUCACCCAAAUAACACACAAAUCCACAGACGGCUAUACUUAGAAAGCACCCAAAAUUAAGUGUUUAAAAAAAAAAGGAUAGUGCGACGGCUAAGGUGGAAACAGUUAUAUGAGCUCUUGUCCCAAACCAAACCUUAGCACAUCCGGACAGCAGUUAAGCCCCAAGUUUAAGACACCCCUAAGAAAAUAAGUAGGAGACAGAUGGGACCAAAGGAAAAGCUUGGGCUUAGUGAAGUAAAGAUUAUAUUGUUUACAAAAGAGCCAGUAGUAGACUGCCAUGCAAGUUCUAACAAAUGCCUUACCCCUGUAAAGAUUCUAAGGGGCAAAAGUUGUGUGAGGAAUUCCGUCUCAUGAAAUUUUAAAGCACUGUAGUCUUCAAGCCCAAAUGUUAAACCCCAGAAAUGCUACAGUUAUUGGCAAACAAUGCUCUUGAAGCUUAAAAAUAAUGCAACAAUUCUUACGCGCAAAGCUAAAAGAAUAAAUAGAUUGCUUUUCCAAGGCAGUCUUUCCAUAAGUUUACUCUGCCUUGAGUACAGAUCCUGAAGUGGGAAGUGAUGCCAGCUUGCAUUUUCCAGUACAAGCCAGCUUUCCAAAGUUAUUAGUAACAUUUUAAACACAGGAUUACUUAUUGGGCCAUUCAAGCAGUGGAGGCUUAAUUGAAUGAUAUUAACGGCAUUAAUUAAUUUUAUUGACAUUAAAGAAGCUGUCUAUGGACCAAACCUACUUUGGGCAUGGGAUUCGACACCAUGGAUAGUUUUUUAAAAUUUCAGAGUAAAAUCUUGGGUGGAGAAGAAGUCUUUGCAUUCAAGAAAAACCAGUGCAUUCAUCACUUGGGCCUCUGAUUAGGCCUUACGAUCUGGGGAGCACCUUGCCCUUUUCCCCAUACCUUGGUGGCAAACACACCCCUGCUCACACUUGAGUCACCACCUGCCUUGGGGCAGGGGCACGAAUCACUUUAAAAAGGAAAAACAGAAGUGCAAGAAUAGAAGAGGACCAUUUUGUUUCUAAAUUAGCCAUUUUUGCUGCCAUUGCCAUAUCAACAUUUUUUUUAAUACACUGCCAAGAAGAGGGAUUUUCCCCCAUUCCGGACACAUGGCCGUGGCACAUGUGGCUCACAGGCCUCAUUGCACACUCCCCUGUCUUAAGGGAUCAGGUUUAUUCCAUUUAAUUUUAUAGCUAGAGAUUAUAUCAUGGAUGUGUUCCAAUAUAUAAAAACAUCUAAUUCAGUAUAAGUAGACACGUAAAUCCAAACCUUACCACUCUACUUACCUGUUCCCUGCCUGAUCACACAUGAUAUUGUCAUUAAAGCCAGGUUAAACAAUAACAACAGAUGUUGGCAUGAGGCCUUUUUUGUGGGGUUCACCUGGUAACAUUGAUUCACCUGGUAACAAUUUUAGAGACAGUUCAUAUAAUGGUAGGUUAACAACAGUCCAUUGUGUAAAGGUACUAUUAAUUUGUUCAAGCAUGAUACAAAACAAUCCUAGUGUAGUCUGCCAAACAGUUUCCCUGAAUUUAGGGGAAAUUGUUUUAACAGCGUGAGCAUGAACAUUGGAAAAAAGUCUUGGUAAUAUUUUUUGACCCCUGGCUGUAAGGCAUGUUUCUCAUUUGUGAGCUGUCAAUGGCCAAAUAAACCAUGUUAUGAACCCUCUAAACUCCGUGGAUUUAUAGGUAUCCUAUGAAGGGUAGAACUGUGGAGGCAGAAGAGGUCCAGAGAUCUCAAGUACUGCUUCAGUUGGAUGAUUUGGUAGUCUGAAUGCAGUACUUUGAAACAGAAAAGGAAGAAGCUGAGGCACUGGCUGGAUACAAUGUGUCUUAGAAGCAACAGUCUUGUUUCUUCCCAGUUCCCUGAAACAGCCCCGAAAGCUCUUCCCUGAGUUCACUCUGGCAACCAUGGGGAAGCAGGUAGUGUUCCAAGCAUGCAUCACAAGUUACAAAGUUAAAGCAAAGCUGUAGGAUAUAGGGAAGGCCAGUUAAAGAUACAGUAACUCAAGGUCCCACCACUUUCUGGGGAAAAAAAGGACUUGGAGACUUUGUAAAAAAUUACUGGGAGGCCUUAAGUUCAGCUUCCCUAUGCACUGAUAUAGUGUGUCAGUUGCAUUCUUUGGCAUAAGUUGUGUUAGGGCAAAAUAAUGAGAUGGAUCUCCUGAGCCCUAUGGAUCAGUGAAUUAACUUUAAAGGAAGGGUCAGUUGAAAUACAACUGUGAAAAGCACAGAGCUGGGGGAUCUGCCAAAAUGGCUCCAGGGUCCAGCAGGUACUCUCUACCUAGAAGUACUAAGAACAGUGUUUUCAGGUCAGUAACUACAGAAAGCACUCAACCAAAGGAAUACCUGUGAGAGCUGUACAAUAAGGCUGUUUAGAAAAACACCGAAAAUAGCAUGGGUUCAACGUAAGUGCCCUAAGCAAGCACUUAAGGUGCAGAAGGGCUCAGAGUAGAUUCUUCCUCUCACAUCCUGAAACAUUAGUCAAGGCUGUUGUCUAUUUCGUGAUGUUUCACUGCUUAGAUCCUUAUCCAGCCCAGCUUGGGUUUGUGUGUUGUUGGGGUUUUUUUUUUGUAAGCCAUCCAGAGACACUGGUAUUGGAUGACAUAUAAAAGUUUUAAAUAAAUAAAUAAAUUGUAAACUCUAGAUUACAGCCCUGGGCUGUAGUGUCCUUCACUCAGCAGUUCAAAGUAGCCUGCUGCCAAACAGGUAUGAAGUGACAUAUACCUCCCCCACCCCAAUAUAGUGUUGCCACAGAGUGAGAAUGGUACCAGGUGGGCUAAAGUUUUUUCCAGUUCUUGUGUCCUGAAGGUGAGGUAGCAGUUGUAGACUUACAGAAUGGCUUGCUCCCCCAGUUCCAUUUUGAUGUAAAACCAGAUCACAACAAAUGGAUUCUGGGUAAUGGUUGGGUCAAAAGGAAUAUUAUGCCUUAAGUUUCUAUUCCUCACAGUUGGCCAUGAGGAAAGCCUCAAUGUCUCCACCCAAGCAUUCUCUAAUGGCUGUUCAAACACUUAGAUCCUUUGAAAGGAGAGCUGGCUGAACAAACUUGUGAGCCAGGGCCCAUCCUAGUGACAUACCCAGGUGUGCUUGUGAGCCAGGGCUAAGGGCCUAACAUUCGGUGGAAUUGUAUUACCAGUGGAGUUUGUCUCAAGAACUGCCACAAGUGCAAUUUUCUUCAGCCCAUUGCAGUGGUUUGGGUGUUGGGUUCACUUGCCUUGAGCUAGAUAAAUCUAGAGAAACUGAAGUUUAUUCUAAAAGCUGUUGCUGAAGCUUCAAAACUUUAACAAGUGCUGUCUCUACAUUUUUUUGCAUGGAUCCUUAGGCCCACCUUUCUGAGGGAAGGACUGCUGUGGAUGCCAUGAGCUUGUCAAGCCCAUACAUUUCAGCAAGUCCAUUGCUUUUUGACAGAACAACAUAGAACUUAUUAGCUCAUAUACUGACUUUAUUUUAGAUUUUGUCCCGUUCAGACUUCCAAGUCCUAUCAAAGGAAUCUGGAAGAAGCACUGUCAUUGGCUUACAUGGCCUGUCUGGAAAUGCUGUUUUUCAUUGUGUGGUAGAAUCCUUUUUUCUUUCUCCAGGUUGUUCUUCAGUGAGCUGCGGGUUCCUAACUAUUUUUGCCGAAAAGGGGGGGGGGCUUAGGUGAAACUAGUAUACCUUGGUGGCAUUCUCCAAGUUCUCCUCAAAAGGUUUCCCAGCCUCCUUGUCACUGAAAUCCAACAAAGGAAUUAUCUCUGCAACAAACUUAUUUGUAAGUUUAAGAAGUCUUCCCUUUGGUACACUGUAAGGAUUUUUCUUCCUCUUUUCCUGGUCUGCUGCCCUUAUGAUUGCGUUGUAGAUACCUGAAAGGGGGAAUAGCUUGAGGUGAUAGUCACUGUGAGGAGUUUGAAUCCAACUAAGCACUGAAGGCUCUGAGCAGGACCUGGUCUUGAAAACCUUCAUGCAUUUGUCUUUGAAACAGCCACUAGGUCCAUGCUCCCCCACCCUUUAUACUUGUUUUUCUUCUUGCUAUGUGAGGAAUGGUACUGGGACCAUAGAAGGUCCCAUGCUUUGCUCUCAGUGCACCUUGUAUGUGCUGAGCCACAAACUCCAGAACCCAGAGAAACUCGAGAGGGCCCCUUCCCCUGAAAGACUGGGGAGAGAGGUAGGAAAGGGCCCUCAAUCCAUCCUUGCAUUAGCCUGCUGAAACAUGGCCCAGAGUCUGCUUCUGGUGCCAUGAUGAAGGCUUCUGACUUUUCCUGGCCUUGAAACACUUCCAAGCAUCACUAUAAAUCAGAAAACAUGUGCCCUUCCUGCCCUGUGGAAGGAAGUGGUAGUACCAGAUGAUGCAGCUGACAUGCCAGCUUCAAGCUAUGCUCCCAGUUUGGUGAUCUGCUCCUUGUUUUUCCCAUGUUAGGGGUUCCUAGCUUGCCUACACUGUUUUUUUUUUACAUUGUAACAUAACAUACCAACAUAAUUGCAUUCUAUCUUGAAUGCAAACAUUUCACUCUUUAUCCAAUUAACUUUGCACUAUAAAAUGUUCACUUACUCCCCUUUUAAAGUUAGGAUGCAAGAAUUGAGUAAGAAACUGUGUAUAUUUUCUCUUCAGAUUCUGUUGUCACAGUGCAUUUUCAAGUAAUUAAAACCAUUGAGGUAAAUCUUUCCUAGAAGCUGCAUAUGGCUCCCACCACCACUUAAAUACAGUUGGCCUUUUCCCAUGUUUAUUGGCCCUCCUCUUGGCUGCCACGGUGUGGAUUUGGGGUGCAGCCCUUGGUUGGCUAGUGGGCAGAUUUACCCCUCAGAUCUCAAGGUUGUCUACUUGCUAUAUGGGGGGAAAUCCCUUACAAUGUAUUCUUUAACCUAUGGUAGUUGAAGUAUUAUGGUAUCAUACUGGUCAUGUUUGUUACAAGCUAAGGCUCCAGCAGCCAUGUGUAGAAUGAUUUGCCAUGAAAGCUUUCUCACUUCUCAUCUUUUUGCCCUUGCACCAGAGUUCUGCAAAAACACAUUCAAAAUAACUUAAUGUGCAAAUAAGUAUAAUUGCAUGGCAUUUUUUACAGAUCAUGGCAUUUGUUUAGAUGGUAGCUCUGAGGCAUUAUUCACAAAUAACUAUAUUUUGGUUAGCCUGCUGUACUGAGGCAGUUGCUCUCAGGGUAUUAUUAGAGGGAAUGUUACUUUCUUUUAAUCUACUGGGUAGAUUUACUGUAAUGUAAAAUAGCUUUGAGUACAUUUACGUUUUGUAAAACACACAUCUUUUUAGUGUCAAGUUCCAGAAGAUUACAUACACUGGAAAGACAAAUAAAAAUACUAGCUAAUUUCUCUGCUAUUAAUCUUUAUUUUUCCUAUAUAGAAUUUAUUUACAAGAGUCAGCAUUCUAGCAUUAAGGGUAAAGGUAUUUUAAUUGAAUGUCAUGUAGACUUUAUAUAUUGUAUGUCAGAUGGCACCAAAAGAAUUUUAUGUACAUAUGUAUUUUUGUACUGGCUUAAAAAUAAAAUGAGACAGUUUCUCUUC